AUGCAGAACAACAGCAGCCUGAACACUUAUUAUUUUCAGCUGACACUGUAUGCAGACUUCACCCCCCUCAAUGGUCUUUUCUUCAUUCUGUGUCUGUUGUUUUACAUGACUAUAAUCUGCACUAAUGUUGGUAUAAUUCUAAUAGUCUACCAGGAGAAGUCUCUGCAUCAGCCCAUGUAUAUUUUCAUCUGCUGUCUGUCUGUUAACGCUCUGUUCGGCACGGCCGGAUUCUUUCCCAGGUUUCUGGUGGAUAUUCUGUCUGACACUCAUUGGAUUUCCCGCCCGUCUUGUUUCAUUCAAAUGUAUGUCAUUUACAUGUAUGCAACGUGUGAGCUAAGUAUUCUCAGCAUUAUGGCCUAUGAUAGAUAUAUUGCUAUUUGCCAGCCUUUAUACUAUCACAGUAAAAUUACUUUAAAUACAGUGUUACAUCUAAUAAUAUUUGCCCUGUCUUAUCCUGCUUUUGCAUGUUGCCUUGGUCUCUGUCUUACAGCUCAGUUACCCUUGUGUGGAAACAAACUGCACAGGCUGUUCUGUUCUAACUGGCCUGUAGUCAAACUUUCCUGCGUUGAUGUAACUCUAAUCAACCUAACAGGUCUGUUAGUUAUAAUACCAACCAUUUUUAUCCCCCUGUUCUUUGUCCUGUACACCUACCUGCGUAUUCUGCUUGUCUGCAGGAGAAGCUCGGCCACAGACAGAGGAAAAGCUCUGCAAACCUGUCUGCCUCACACUGUGUCAUUUGUGACUUUUUCUUUGUCAUUCUUCUGUGAACUGUCACUCGCUCGUUACGAGACGGUUAAAAUGAGUCCAGGCAUCAUACUUGUUUUAUCUAUAGUGCAUUUGGUCAUUCCUCCCAUUAACAACCCUGUUGUUUACGGACUGAAACUACCACAAAUCAAAGCACUGAUCUUCAUGAAGGUACGCAAGGUGCGCCCUGCAUUCAAACUUUAA